GUCUGCAGAGAUGGAGGACUUUGCGCAAUAGGACUUAAGAGUAUGUUCCUUUGCAGAUGCUCUCUACGAGCUGAAAAAGAGGGGAGCUGACCUUGUGCAAGAUGGAUAUCUGGAAGUUCUGGUUAAAAUGCAGAAUCAGCAAAGGAGACUCAGAGAAGCUCUAGUUUCCUGCUUAGUUGCAGGGGCCUCAAGGCUGUGCUCACUCCCUCUGCUCUGCCUCCACCCUGGUAUCUGUCAGACCCUCUGUGUUGUCCUAGGGCUGGUGCAGGGCUGAGCUGGAUGGGGAAAUGGAGUUCAGGACAUAUAAUAGGCAUCUGCCUUUGGGGUCUUGCCAGCACCCCUCCUGCCCUCUGCAGCUUCCUGGUUGAAUGAGGGGCUGCAAGGUGACCACACAGGCUGCCCUGAUGGGCCCAUCCUGGCCUCUGGUCCAUAUCCCUUUCUGCUUGGCACUGGCCUCUCUUGGCUCUCACCUCCACCUUUGCCAAGCCCAGGAGCCUCCUUCCUCCAGGAAGCCUUCCGGAGAACCCUUCCUCCACCCCAAACGAGGCAUAUGAUGCUGAACUGGCUGCUCCAGAAUGAACCACAGCUCUGAGAAGGGGAAGUAGAAACAGCUGGCACCCUGCCAUGGCCUGUGAACCACAGGUGGACCCGGGGGCCGCUGGCCCAUUGCCCCCCUCCUCCCCUGGCUGGAGCGCCCUGCCUGGAGGGAGCCCUCCCGGCUGGGGGCAAGAGCUCCACAAUGGCCAGGUCCUCACUGUUCUCCGGAUUGACAAUACCUGUGCACCCAUCUCCUUCGACCUGGGAGCCGCAGAAGAGCAACUGCAAACCUGGGGCAUUCAGCAGGUCCCGGCCGACCAGUACAGGAGCCUGGCUGAGAGUGCUCUCUUGGAGCCCCAAGUGAGAAGAUAUAUCAUCUACAACUCGAGGCCUAUGCGGCUGGCCUUUGCUGUGGUUUUCUACGUGGUGGUGUGGGCUAAUAUCUACUCUACCAGUCAGAUGUUUGCCUUAGGGAACCACUGGGCUGGCAUGCUGCUCGUGACCCUGGCCGCGGUGAGCCUGACCCUGACUCUUGUGCUGGUCUUUGAGAGACAGCAGAAGAAGGCCAACACCAAUACGGACCUGAGGCUGGCAGCUGCCAAUGGAGCCCUCCUGAGACAUCGGGUGCUGCUGGGGGUGACAGACACGGUGGAAGGAUGCCAGAGUGUGAUUCAGCUUUGGUUUGUCUACUUCGACCUGGAGAACUGUGUGCAGUUUUUGUCUGAUCAUGUUCAAGAAAUGAAGACUAGCCAAGAGUCCUUGCUGAGAAGCAGACUGAGCCAGUUGUGUGUUGUCAUGGAGACUGGGGUGAGCCCUGUAACAGCGGAGGGGCCUGAGGACUUGGAGGAUGCUCCUCUCCUGCCUGGCAAUUCUUGUCCUAACGAGAGGCCACUCGUGCAGACUGAGCUUCAUCAGCUCGUUCCUGAGGCUGAGCCGGAGGAAAUGGCCCGCCAGCUGCUGGCAGUGUUUGGCGGCUACUACAUCCGGCUUCUAGUGACCUCCCAGCUCCCUCAGGCAAUGGGGACACGACACACGAACUCUCCGAGAAUUCCAUGCCCCUGCCAGCUCAUAGAAGCCUACGUCCUGGGCACAGGGUGCUGCCCGUUCCUGGCCAGGUGACCUAGGGAUGAAGGUACUCAUGUUCCUCCAAGACUGAGCAGUCGGGAAGGCUUCAGGAGCCCAAGAUGGCCAAUGGGGAGCCCCAGGUGAGGAGAGAAGCAUCUAGGGACACUCCAAAAGGGGCUCGUGAUGUCAGCCACUGGGUUGUUGUGCUCAUUCCAGGGCCCAGCACACAAAUCUCAUGCUGUUUGACAUCUCAUGCUGAACCCCUGGCCUUUGCAGGAGCUGAUGGUUACAGAGCUAGUCCCACCAAAGCUACUCUUUCUGCUGCUUAGAACUGUGGACACGUAUGGAAGGACUGGACCCCUAUCACUUUCAUUGUCCAGAGAGCCCAGGAGGCAUGAAGAUGACCAGACAGGGCAAAUUAUGUGUCCAAAACUUGGCCUCAGAUGUUUCCAUUUCCAACCCCUUCAUGCCAGAUGGGGAAACUGAGGCUCAGAGAGGAUACUGUUCUAUGUGGCGUUGCCUUGAACCCCUAAAAUUAUCAGACUGCCUUUUUCCAAUAUAAAGAAAAAAUGUUUUCAGAAUUCUCUCAAUUUUUUAUGUUUUUCUCCCCCAUAUUUUGUGAAAAGCAGUGGUACGUGUACAUGUUGUCUACCAGUACACAGGCUACAGAAGACACAGAAGAAAGAGAUCAAGGGCAGAUAACUGUUGACAGGAAUAUUUGAGAAAGAUUGAUCCUGUUUGACUUGAGGACUUACUUUGUUCACAGGCAUGCAUGCUUGUGGCUGUGGUUUUAUAUUACAGAUGUAGAACACUGGUUAUGUUUCCCGACACAAACACUGUCCUGGAAUGAAGUGUGAUCAGCCACUUGUGGAAUUCUGUGAAGAGCUCAGAGGCUUCCAAGUGAUCUGCUCCUGAAACAAGUUUGAAGACCUAUUGUUUCAUCGACCCAAGUCCAAAUGCCCUGACCUGGCAUCUGAAGGAUCCCCAGCCCCCAAGACCUAGCCUUCAUCUGCGAUUUUGGCUUCAUCUCCCACAAAACCCCUUUAUGGGUUGAAGCUCUUUCCUGGACUGACAUACCUAUUCCUUUCCAUUUGUUGGACUCCUAUUCAUGCUUCAAAGUCCAGCUUUCUUAAGCCCUUCUUUAGGAAGCCUUCCCACACAGCCAACCCUGCUGCUCUCUGCCUCCUUUAAAUUCUUGAUACAGCUGUUGCCUGUUCUGAUGUUUUAUAGUAUUGAUUUUGUUUUCCUGUGUAUAUGCCAGUUUUUCUAACUAGACUGUAAACUCCUUAAGGACAGAGACUACACCUUGUACUUUUUGUGCAUGACCUGGACCGCUAAGGAAAAAAAAAAAGUCCGGUAGAUUGAUUGCUUUGCCAUCCUCACAGCAGCUUUUGCAGAUUGCUGUCCAAACUCACUUGAAUGAUGACAUUACUAUGGACCUGGGUUCUGGACCUGAUCUGCCAGUUCAAGCUGUGUAAUUUUUGGCAAGUUGCUUUCUUUGUCUGGUCCUCAGUUUGCCCAUCUAUAUAAUGGGUGGAUUGGAUGUUUUUUUUUUUUUCUUUUUAAUUGAGAUGGAAUCUUGCACCAUCACCCAGGCUGGAGUGCAGUGGCACGAUCUUGGCUCACUGCAAACUCUGUCGCCUGGGUUCAAGUGAUUCCCAUGCCUCAGCCUCCUAAGUAGCUGGGACUACAGGUGUGCACCACUACGCCUGGAUACUUUUUUUGGUAUUUUUAGUAGAGAUGGGGUUUUGCCAUGUUAACCAGGCUGGUCUUGAACUCCUGACCUCAGGUGAUCCACCUGCCUCGGCCUCCCAAAGUGCUGGGAUUACAGAUGUGAGGCACCACAACCGGCCUGGAUGAUUUUUAAGGGCCCUUCUAGGUCCAAAGUUCUGGGAAUUUCUAGCUUAUUCUGCCCCUUCGUAGCUCUUGACCUGUCUAUCCAGAUGCAGAAACAUCUGGCAACCCCACAUGGCUAAGAUGACCUGGGCCUAGGAUGCCCUUGGACAGAAGACUGGCCUACCUAGCAGACCUGGACUUUUCUUCCUGAUCUGCUGCUUCCGAGUUGUGUGACCUUGGCUAAGUCACUUAACCGUUCUGAUUGUCAUUUCACUUUUUAAUAAAGUGGAUCUGGAGAACAAGAAAUGUAAUAAGCACGUGGCUCACCAUUGAAGAGAUGAGUCUGACCAUUCACUUUCUGUGUGCCAGAGAAGAGAGACCAUGGGUAUAGACCAGCCCCUGGAAAGGCUGCUUUAGUCAAGGCUGAGAGCAGCUUUGCUCAAGGAAAUUAUUCACGGAGGUGACCACUGUCUUUCUGACCUGGCACAGAGGAAAUGUUGGCUGUGAAUAUGACCAAUAGAAAGAAGCCUGUAUUUCUCAUUCAGUCCUAGAAUCCUGGUAAGUAAAUAACAGAGAAUAAAAAUGUGUUUGUAAAUGACAAAGCAGCAGUUUUUCAAUUUUAAGGUCUACUUAAGAACCUUUGAUGUGUGUUUCUUUUCCUGCCUUUUCCUUUCUUUAGAAUGGAUGAUGGUCUCACCUAGUGGGUAGGGCUUUCAGGGUAUGCCCACAAUGUACAUUUCUCUGCAUCUGUGCCUCAGUUUCCUCACUUAUAAAACCCUAUGAUCUCUGUCUCACCUACUUUACAGGGUUGCUGUGAAGAUCGCAUACUAUACACAAGAAUGCUCAUCAGUUUUUAAAUUUUAUUUAAUUUUUAUUUAUUUUUUUUUAAAUGUAAUUUUUUCAGAGAGAUAGGGUCUUGUUGCCCAGCCUAGUCUUGAACUCCUGGCCUCAAGUGAUCCUCCUGCCUUGGCCUCCCAUGGUGCUGGGAUUACAGGUGUGAACUACCAUGCCCAGCCAGCUCCUAAAUCUUAAGGCUCUGUGUUAGUGAUAGUUGUGGCCAUCGUGGAGGCAGUGCGAUGUCUUCGAGUGAGAGUGGAGCAUGGAUUCUAGAGUUCCAUUUAUUCUAAUUCAAGUUCUUCCACUUAAGAACAAUGUUCUUCCUCUCAUUGAAUCUCAUUCCUCAUCUGUAGGAUGGGGAUGAGAGCAUGUACUUGGCAGGUUGUUGUAGUAAGGAUUAAAUAAUGAUGUAAAAAAGUGUCAAGUGCUUGCAACUUUGAAUUCUAAACUUGAGUGAAAACUCAAUAAAUUGUUGCUUAAAAA